AUGGAAGAUAAUGAUAGAGGGCUGGCUAUGGUUACUCGUAGUGGAAAGGUAGCAAUAGGCAAUGUGACAGGCAAUGAAGAAGCUCAAAUUCAUGAAGAAGAAAAAGUGGAAGCUUUGUUGGAAAUGUCGGGUUAUGCCAAAUUUAUGAAGGAGUUUGUCACAAAGAAAAGGAACUUGGAUUUUGAGACAGUCGAAGUUUCUCAUAGUUGUAGUGAAAUUAUGACUAAGGAGCUGAUCAAAAAGAGAGAAGAUCCCGGAGCGUUCACCAUCCCUUGCAACAUCGGCAUGCUCCAGUUUUCUAAAUUGCUAUGCGAUUUGGGAGCAAGCAUCAACCUAAUGCCAUAUGCGAUCUAUAAACAACUCGGGUUGGGUGAACCGAAGGCCACAACAGUGAGACUCUUAAUGGCAGACCGAUCAAUUAAACAUCAUAUGGGGAUACUAUAUGACAUUUUGGUAAAGUUUGACCGGUUAAUUUUCCUGGCUGAUUUUGUCAUUCUCGAUUGUGAAAUAGAUGCUGAAAUUCCCAUCAUUUUGGGAAGACCAUUCUUGGCCACCGGGAGAGCAUUGGUGGAUAUUGAAAGCGGAGAACUAAAGUUUCGGGUGAACGAAGAUGAAAUAACCUUUAAUAUUUACGUUAAUGAAACAUCCGAGUGA